AUGUACUGGCCACUGAUGCGUAGAGCGUUGGCAAAAAUAUCUUACAGACCACUGGUUAUUGCCAGACCUAGUUGCAGACCAUAUUCAAAAGAGGUCUCAAGCAAGAUAAUUAUACCACCGGCCGGUCAUUUCGGUGAGGAGCUUAACUAUGCUGGUGCUGUUGUGACCAAGAAGAGCAACAUACCGAUGCAUGAGUACCGGCAACUGCCGGACGACUCAAACUACAUUGAGAAAUACUAUGCUGAGCUUGAUGUGUUCUUACAGUACUUGCAAACGCAGUUGCACAAGAGUUACGUGGACUUCGAAAACGACCCUGAUGAGCUUGUUUUCCAACUUGAGAAGUAUAUUGAAUUGCAAGUAAGGUCUAAUUAUGAUGCGAACAAAGCUGGUGAAAAGCUUGUAAUCGACAGAUUUGUGGCAUUUUGUGAAGGUGUGAAAUUAACUUUGUGGUUGAAUGGCGGCCAUUGCUUCAUUUUUGAUGUAUUGUUGCAAACAAAAGGUGAAUUUGACAAGUUAGAGACCACAAAGAAGAAGCAAGAGAUACACGCUUAA